AUGAAAUUCACAACUGAGAUCCUAAAUUUUGAUGAAGACUUCCUACCUAACUUUGCAAAUAAGUUCAAUCUAUUGCGACAAGAAAGGAGCCUAAUUGAUUUGAAUAUACUAACCAAAGGCGGCACUUCUAUUCCUGCCCACAAACUUGUCCUUUGUGCACAAUUCCCAGGAAUAAAGAAGAGUAUCUUAGAGAGCAAACAUUCAAACCUCUCAAAUUGGAGUCGUUUUCCAUAUGAUAUUGUUAUGGCAGCCGUCGAUUUCGCCUACACUGGUGAAAUAAUCAUAAAUGUUGAAAACGUAUUGGGGAUAUAUCUGAUGGCCCACAAUCUUGGCUGCAGACAGCUGAUUGACUGGACCACGGAGUUCAUCAAGACAAGACUUGAUCGACUUGAUUUGAUGAAGGUUUGGUCGGCAGCAAACGUCACUUCAAACAAUGAUCUCAUUGGCGUGUGCAUACCAAGGGUUGCGUGCGAUUUUGAGAGAUUAGCCUCCAGCCAGCCCUUCCUUCAACACGUAGGUGUUGACCAACUUCAAACCUUACUGCAAAGUCCCUGGAUAUGUGAUGGAAUAGAAACAUUGAAAUUCAAGACAAUCUGCACAUGGUUGCAUGCAUCCUACUUAAAUGACGAACACGUUAAAAUCGAGAAGCAUUUCCGUCCUCUUCUCAAGUUGAUCGACAUGAAGAAAUUGCCAAGAGAGGUUCUAAUGGAAGUGUCAGUUAGUGGAUCGGAUUUCAACUUGUCGGAAAGUGCAAGGUGGAGGAAACUGCCCCCAAUGCCAACACCUAGGUCUUCCACAGGAGCAGCACAUAUACCCGGUGUUGGUGACAUAGUUGUUGGUGGGUGGACAAAAACUGGAAAUUCAGGAAAGUCAAUCGACAAAGCGGAAAUCUUUUUGACAACUUCAUCGCCUCUUGGACAUGCAGGCAGUUGGUGUGAAAUCACUCCCAUGCUUCUUUCGAGGCAACGUCCAAACGCAGAAUUUUUCAAUGGAAGUGUAUAUGUCGCCGGUGAUAGUAAAUUAAUAAAUCCAACUUAUUCUGUGGAGAUGUUGUCCUUAUUUACUGAAGGACCUCCCCAGUGGACCGAAGUGAUUAAACCCACUUUUAAGCUACUCUCGUUGAUCUCUUUUAAUGGGAGUCUUUUGUUUGGUUAAAUUACGAGUUGUCAACAACAGGAUUAUCUUCUCUCAAACAGGCAAUUGAUUAAUUUGAAAAUAUGA